GUUUCAUUUGCGGGAAGUUUAGUUUCUUUGGCUAUGGGGCGGACUGACUCUAAAUCAACUGAAAAGAUCGUCACAGAUUAUCAAAAGGCACAUAAACGCGCUGAACUUGAACGUUUACGUAUAGCCAGAGAGCAUCAAAGGGAACUAGAAAGAAAACAAAAAAUAUUGGAGAAGGUUUCUCUUUUCGAUUAUUUAAACACUUCUGACUAGGAAAGGCAACAACGAGAGAGACAAGAAAAGAGAGAUGCUGAAGAACGUAAGAAAGAAGAGAAGCGUUUGAAACGUAAGGAAGAGCAGCGCAAAAAAGAAGAGGAAAGGGAAAAUGAACGUAAAAAGAAGGAGGAAGAAAAACGCAAGAAAGAGGAAGAAAAACUGCAAAAAGAACAAGAAAGGAAAAGGGAAGAAGAGUUAAAAACCCAGAGAGAAGAAAAACAACGGGCAGUUUUGUUAGGAUUUCUUGUGAAAUCAGAAAGCAAAAAGGUCUUGUAAUUUUCCUUUAAUGUUUUAUUUGUUUAUUAGGAAACCAAUACCAUCUCUUGUACAGACUGUGGACCAUUUAUACAAUUUGAAGUCAGAAAAGAUAUGAGAAUGGCUCCUUUGCAUAGAAUGUCACAGGCUUUACUUUCCUCAAAACGAAGCAACAUGGAAAACUUACGACAUGCAUGGGUAAACGGAAACGACAAGGAUGCAGCAUCAUCACUUGGGUUACUUAAGUUCGGACGUGCUAACUAUCUUCAUGAACUACGAACAGGACAGAUAUUACCAUUAUCCUAUCCAAGUACCUGGCCAAUUGAACCUCCCGAAGUUCAAUAUCUUGGAGAUAAUAUCUACCCUGUUAUAAACUCGAUCGCUUUAAAACAACAUGGCAAUCGUGGUAGUGGUGGAACAGUAUGGCUACGUGCAAAGUUAUUCCAAUUCGUUGAAAAUUAUCGACCUGCAUAUUAUGGUACAUGGCGACGUCGUAGUUGUAUUGUUACUGGGCGUAGACCAUUUGCUCGUGAUGAUUAUCAACUUGAUUAUUCCAUCGAUUCAGAUGAUGAAUGGGAAGAAGAAGAACCUGGUGAAAGUAUCACGCAGUCUGAUAAUGAAGAUGAAGAAGAAGACGAGGAUGAGGAAAAAGGUGAUGAAGAUGACGAUGAUCAGUUCUUUGUUCCACACGGCUAUUUAUCUGAUGAUGAAGGUGUUGCUGUAGAAGAAGCUGAUGGUCCGAUCCCUGAUGAAAUGAAGCAAUUGCGUCAACAAUUAUCUGUUGCGGAGUAUGAAGCAGCUCAUCGUCGUGGACUUCAACGUUUAAAACCAUUAUUACUAGGACCUUUAUGGUUGCCUGAACCAGUUGAAUGUUGUUUACCAAGCAGUAAUGCAAGUAACAAUAAUACUACUAGUGCUACCACUAAUAAUAAUCAUCAUUUUGAAGAGAAUAAAGAAAACAUCGAAUUUCCUGAAAGAUUUAUUCUCAGUAAGCAAACCAAUGAGAAAACUGAAUUCCAGUUAAUGAAAUCUGUUUUAAGCGUCUAUCGUGUGCAUUUAUGGACAACAAAUUUUCCGAUUUCUGUUGAACCAGAUAUUGUUGCCACUACUACGCCUUCAAGAAGACCGAAAAAAUCUAUCCCAGAAGAAGCGAUGGCGUAUUUUAUUCACCUUGUUCAUCGUAGUCCUUUGGGGAAGCAUAAAUUAGCUUUUGAAUUUCGUGUAUUUUGGUAUCGUCAUACUACUGGCAUUCUACCAGAAUGCUUACAAUAUAUGGAAUAUAAAAAAUAUAAUGCUUCUACAUUGGGUUCAUCAAUCUCACGCGGUGGUGGUCUUCCUGUUUUAUCUGGUCCAGGUUGGGAUAGUUUACCAUUAAGUCAAUCACUUGUGUUAUCCAAAUUAUCUGAGAUCGCGGUUUUCACAGAAGGAAGUUUCAGUCAUGAGCUUAUCUCAGUUGGACUGUCAUUGGGAACCUAGAACUACUGGACAGCGGUCUCUUCUCAUUAUGGGACUGCUCAACAGUGCUCAUCCAUGACCUCAGAUCCGGGGACCAUUCAUGAUUGUUUUACCUUUAGAUCACUGACGCCGACAUCCAACAGUGAUAAUGCCUAACUUCAAGAAACUCACAAUUUUGCGCAGCCCUCAUCAGCCAGUCAGUCAGCUACAACGUAGGACCAGGCACAUAUGUGCAUCGGUCCAGGUUGUCAUACCGCAUCAGCACAACAAGAUGAACACCGAAUUCAUAGCAGUGGUUAUGUCAAAGGUGGUAAUAUAUAAGAGAAAGAUUGCAUAUAGAGAUAUAGUACAAGAAGAAAAAAUUGGUUCGUAGAAAGAAAGGUAUGAAGCGAUUCUAAUCUCUUAGUUUAAGGGAAGACAGGGAGUGUAUACACCGACGCCAUUGUGAUCGAUUGUGAGCCAUGUCACCAAGAGUCUCCAACCAUUGGUUACGAUAGUCACGCGGACCCCAACCAAGUAGUCUGCAUCUACCAACAUGGCUCAGACUACAAGUUAGUGACUUCAAGGAUUGAUGCCAUGUUUUGUUUUGGCCGCCCCUAACUUUCUUCCAACCAUCUUCAAUACCGGAUAGCAUUGCACGUCGUGGUAAUCGGUGUUCAGGCAUAGGUAACACGUGGCCACAGCCCUCAUCGAUUGCCUUCGGUAGAUAAUCGUCACACCCAAUGUAGUUGAUUUUCACUGAUCACAGCUCACUAGACUUCCAGAAGUUAUAUCUUGAAGCCAGUCACUACUACGCACAUGAUUAUUAUUUAUAUAGGUUUUGUUGAGAUCUUGGAUGCUCACUUCUGAGAAGAAAAGACGGUUGUCCAGUGUUUCGGGGUUUCUAAUGAUGGUUUAGUUCAUAUCAGUUUACGAUUAAAACUAUGAUAAUUCUACAAUCUCCACAAACUGCCCUGUAUCUUUAUAUUUUUGCUUACUUUGAAACGGAACAUAUUUACUGUUUAGCUAACUUACUACAUGAAUCCUGUGAUAUUUAGAAAGCAGUGCCGUGGUUGUCUAGUAGCUAGGAUGUUCAACUUAUUAACACCAGAUUACAAAUUCGAACCCCGCCUUCCCUAAUCCGGUUAUGGCAGUUUGUAACAUCACUCGAUCCCUUGAAUCUUAAGUAUAUCUCAAAGCUGAUUACAUAAGUCUGUACUUGGUGAAAUGAAUUACAUUAUGAUCAAUAUUGUCGUUAUUAUUAUUAUUAUUAUUAUUCUGAAAAAGUCAUGUGUUAUCCAAAUGAUAAAUUAACUAUUCACUUUGUUAUCAAUUUCAGUACUAUGAUAAAAAUAUUUAUCUUGUAAUGUGCAUCGUGGUAACAUAUAAAUAUAUAGAGCGGUAGUAAUAAUUUAGAUUUUUUACCAAACCUAUAGUUUGUUAUAACGUAACUCGUAUUCUUUGUAAUGUAAGCUUUCAUCUGCCAUUUGUUGGAUAACCUGACUCUAAUCCCACUUCAAGUCUACUCAAGAUUGAGUAAUAACUGAUCUUUGUUAAUUCUCGACUCAGUUACUCCUACUGUAUUUUAGUAUUCUUUGGACACUACCGAUUCCCAUUUCGAAAUACGGGUUGGUCAGGAGCAUAUGUAUAUUCUCAUAAAACCACAAGCUUACUAAGUUGAUGUUAAGGUAAAAAAUUCUUGUAGACUUAUAAUUUUUAUGCAGGAAAUUCCUGGGGGCCUCUCCAUUGAUCUGCUGGUGCUGACUAGCUAAGAAUGAACCAAUCAGCGUUCUGCAGUGUAAUUCUGUGUGGAAUAUGCUUUGAGUUAAUCUAUGUACGGUUACACGACCGUGUUGGUUCAGUCACUUUUUGCAUAAUAAAUAUGUUUAUUAUGAGAAAGAGGGUUUUGCGGAGAUUUUAGUAAUUUAAUAAAUGGAUUCAUAAGUCAAUUAUAGCUAGACCACCAUGGAAAACCUGGACGCACUGGACGGCCAUUUCGUCCUAGUAUGGGGCUCAGCAGUGCGCAUCCAUAAUCCCGCCCGAGAGAUUCGAACCGUUGGAUGCCUGCUCAGUGGUUUGAAAGUUAGGGGUUCGCGCGCGAAACCGAAGGUUCUGGGUUCGGAUCCCGCGAGCGGGAUCGUGAGUGCACACUGUUGUGGAGUUCGAUACCAGGACGAGACGCCCAUCCAGUGCCUCCAGAUUUUUCAUGGUGGUCUAGCUUUAAUUGACUCAUGAAUCCAAAUAUUAAAUAUGUUUAUCUUUUUAAGUGAUCGGGUGUAUGCAUUUCUUAUCAGUAUACACAUCGUUUAUUUAUACCAUAAAAAUCUUAAGAAUAUUGAGUUUCUAAACGAUCAGGACGUAUAAAUGGAAUUGAAUUUUACGAUUUUAUUUUCACCUAUUAAAUAAAUAACCACUAUUUCUUGAUCUUCGCUUAUUUUGUGUACUACAAAUUACUUUUUAUACUUACCAUUUCGCUGCGUUUGAAUCCAUUUGUUAUGGUAUGUUAUCCUUCAGUAAUUAUGUAUUUUCAUUUUUCGUUAACGUUUUAUACAUUCACUCUUUGUCUUCCUUCAGAUCUUAAGUUUCUGAAUUCCUCGUAAAUUUUUUUAAAAAUUAUCUCACCAAUUUAUAUUUUCUUUUCGAAUUGUAUCCUGUAUGCCUAAUCUUUCUUAUUACCAUUAUUACUGUUACUGACUUCACUGUUCUAGGAUUUACCCUGACAGUUUUAUCGCGCUAUGUUUAUGAUAAGUCGUGUAGGUUGAACGCUAUAUACGAUUCCUAAGCUAUUUCGGUAACCCGCAGUCUAGAAGUACACAGCGACUUGAACUCCAGAGAGAAGACACAAGAAUGAGAGAAAACACUUUAUUCCAAGGUUCCUUUUUGUACAGAAAAUCAAGGGUAUUUAUAGAUGUUGGCGUCUGUUAAAUCAACAUCAUAUUUCAGCCAAUCCGUUAACGUUACAUUAUGCUACCGACCAAUGAUAGCACGCCACGCUGGAAUUCUCGAACGUUCCAUCACACUCUGAUUGGCUAGAACUCUUCGGCUCCUUUUGGGCCUCUGGAGGCUCCGUUGAAGUUCUCCGGAAGCCGACCCAACAGUUUAUGGGAUGUGGGAACUUAAACCGAUGUAGCACAUGUGCCAGGUUCUACGUUACAUUGGACCGGAUGACUAAACUUUUUAUAGAUUCUAAAUCUUAAUAUGUUUACACUGGUGUUAUUUUCUUUAUUUUAUCGAAUAAUCACGUGUUUUUAGGUGGAUGGUUAACACAGAAAUACUUCAGAAAUAUGCUUUACGUCUUUGUAAUCUGUGCAAUAUUCAAGAAUUAAGUGGUGGUAUUGCUGGUAGUUUGGACAAAGUUGAUAAAGAUUAUUUUAAUAAUCUUAUAUUUCCUUCAUGGGAAUAUUUAACAGAUGUAGCGGUGACUAGUAGCAGAGUAAAUCGUGGUACAUCAACAACUAGUCGUCGAUCUCUAGAAGCACCACAAUCACAAUUACAAGCAACUGUAGAUCGUUUACAUGAACCACACAAAAAUGUAAUGACUAUCAAUAAUUAUCCAGUUGUUUUAUUGCAGCCUCUACAAUCUUCAGAUGUUGUAGUAUCAAGUAAGCAAACUGAUAAGGAAUUAUCAAUUCAUAAAAAUGAACAAUUGUUUCAAUCUAAAAAAAUUCAUUCAUCCGAAAAAGACAUUAAUUUAUCGGUUAGCAUAAGUCAGGAGAACUGUUCUUCUUCAAAAGUGACUACUACUAUUGCUUCUACUGGUUCGUCCCAUACUCCAAGCCGAAGAAAAGGAGUUACUAACAAAAUUCUCACAAAUGAAAAAGACACUCCUUCAUCUGUCAAUAACAGUAAAGAAAACUGUUCUCCGAAAGUGACUACUACCACUGGUUCAUUACAAACUCCAGGUCGAAAAAGAGUAACUUUGGAUUCAUUUCUCAUACCACCUGCAAAACGAUCAAACGUUAAUUUAUGUUCUGAAAUUCAGUCAGAUGAAGAUUGUGUUAUUGUAGACUCAAAAUGACAAUUAUUUCACUCUCACAAUAUAUAUGUAUAUUGUUUGAGAAUAUUUGUGAAUAGUCUAGGAGAUAUAUAGUUUAUGUGUGCAUACCUCAGUAUUUACGUUUUUCGAAACCGUGUUUUGUUUAGGGUGAUUUAACCCCUGCUUAUCUCAUUACCAUUUCGAUCCUCUCUUAUUUCAUAAUAAUUGUCUACUCUCUAAUCUAUGUAUAAAAAUUAGUUUCAAGGGAUGCAUGCUAAAUCCAUAUUCCGUAUGUUCUUUUUGUUAUUUUUUUGUUAGCAUGUGAAACUAUGAAGUACUAUUAAGUAACUGAAAUAUAUCCUUUAUCUCUUCUCUCGCUCUUCACAUAUACUGUUUUAUAGAAAUUCUUUGUAAAGAUUUCAUCUAUUGUUUAUACAUAUCUCAUUAUUUUGAAGACAAACAAAAGUAAAGUAUAGUGGACUAUUGUUUUUCCUCUCCUUCACCAAUGUGUGCUUCACAUUAUCAUCUAUUUUUGUAUAUUUAUGUGUUUAUGAUCAGCCAAAAAAUAUGUUUUUCUAUUCAACAACUUGUAGAUGUUUUUUUCGAAAAAAAGUUGAUAAUUUUGUUUUAAUCUAGUUUCUAACAAAUUCUAAGUAGCAAUAUGCAAACGUGAUUGAUUAAUAUGGAACCCACGGAAUAUUUCAACGUGCUUUCAAAAGUCAUCAUUAGUGUUAAUGACAUUUUUCGCUUAGUUUGUUUUAAUGCAUUUUCAAAUGAUGAAGAAUAUUUUUAGCGCUGAGAACAAUUAGUAUGAAGGUGUUCUGUUCUCUGAGCUGGAUGGCUUUUGUAGUGAAGCGUUCAUUAUCUUUUUAGACAAUAUUACCAGCGCAUAUUCCAUAAAAAUGAGCUGAUGUAAAGUUAGAGACCAAGUCAGGGAAAAGCAGCCGAAACACCCGUGAACGACCAUACGCGUAUGAAUGACAACCGACUAAACUACAGGUUAGCAGGUUUUAGUCAAUUGUGUUUAAAUUCCAGUAGAUCUCUUUCUGAAGUAUAUUCUGAUUAUAUUGCCUAGAAAGACAAUUAAAGCUUUCAUACCAAACAAUCCAGUCCAGAGAACACAAUACUUCAAAAAUGUGAUGUUUUGUUUGAUUAUUCCACUGGGAAUCGUAAAAGAAAUAUAAUGAAGCUUGUUCUCUGUAACUUUUUAAGACAAAUUUCUUUAGGACACCGAUAACCGGUUGACACUAGACACCAUUUUCUUUCUAGUUUGAAACUUCAGUGCUCACUCACAACUCAAGAUCUUCCAAUCUCGCGGCACACUGGGAUGUUUUCAUCAGACCAAGUUGGAGAAUUGCUACGUUUAAAGAGAUUACGAGUUCACCUAAUCUGUGAACGGAACGAAGACUCAGUGAGACAAUGACCAAAUCAGCUAACUAUUCCUAUGUGUCCCGACCCCGUUAACUAAAGAUAGACGUCAAUGUUCAGAAGAUGUCACUAUAUUCCUCAAACACCCAGAAGCACGAUAAACAACAACGAGCACAACUCAAGGGUAUAUAUACAGCAUAAAAAUGUCUUUGGGAAAGAUUGCAAAAUAUAUAUUAAGAGGCAAUAAACCAAUAGCACUUAGGGUCCUCCCAAGUGUGAAGUACUACAUGAAGGUGUAAAUCGAUGCUUUUGCUGCGAAAACAAGAAAUUCAAAUUUUUAAAAUAGAAUUACUAGAUUAGGCAUUUACCAAGUGAGUUCUGGGGAUCUAACAUCACCAGCAAGAACGAAUUGUUCAUAUUUCUAACAUAAGUCAGUUCAUGACACAACUCUAUCGACCAGCAGUUGUCUCUUGACACAUUUCAACAACAUAGUUCGUCAGUUCUCUAGGAUUUUGGGUUUUCGUGUUACGGUCUAUUGGUUGAUAAUAUGGUUUUUAGCGGGAUUUGUCAAUUAUUUACAGCUCCAUAUGUAAGCUACACUUUCUCAAGGGGUAUUGAUUUUACCCGGUUGAUCAAAUGGGAGUCGGCGUCUGUGUUAAUCUAGUAAUCCAACAAUUCAAAAUCAAAUUAUUUAACCAUCCGAAUAUUCCAAGGAAGUAGGUGUUGUUGAGUUGAAUUUAUGACUCCAAUGAGUCAUCAAUCCCAGUUGAAAUAAAAGAGCGGUUAGCAUUUAGUAUUAUAUAACCUUCCUUUUUUUCUCAGUUGCGUUGUAUUAAAUUGAUGACAUCUAGUUUACAGGAAUUUUUCGUAUUUCUAUGUACAAUUUAAAUAUUGGAAAUGAAAAUGAAAUCCAGUUUUUGGUUUUUAUUCAGCUGUUCUAACCGAUUGUGUAACUCACUUAAACGAACAGUCAGUAUAUUUUGACAAGUUUAGUAUCAUGCAAUAAAAUAUAUAGUUUUAUGUUUUAGACUUAGUUUGUAUGAACACGUUGUUAAUAAUCGUUGUUAUGAAUUCAAAAACAAUAAUUACCAUUGCAUUUGGGCCUUUGUAAUCGAAACGUUCAUUAAAGGAUGAUUCGUAUUAUCGAAUCCGCUUUUGACUGAAUCACCCAUUGUUUAUAGAACCGGUGAUCUGUUUAGCCGAUAUUGCAUUGACCUCUUGACCAAUAACUCGCUGGCUUAAACAAUGAUCACGUAUAUCUUAACGCUUCCUAUUACGGGCUCUACCUCUUCCAUUUUACUCAAUGACCAGACGGAACACAGUAAUCAGACAAGACUUAUACUCUACACUUUACUUUUAACCUAAAACCCAUAUAAUAUUAUAGAUUUUUUUGUCUGAUUGGGCAUCAACUCAAGUGCGAAAUGACAACUCAGUCAUGAGUGCGACAGAAAUGGCACCAUAGAGGAAUGACUAAUUAAUGAUAAAUGUGGAACAGUGAAACGUAUAACUACGGUUUGUGAGUUAAACUUAAACUUACAAGUUCCAGAACAUAAACAAUAAUCCCACCUAGGGUAGUUCUGAGAGUUCAAUAUCUCUCAAAUCCUCUUUUGACAAUCUCUUAGUGCCAAUACUGACAGGAAGUUGCCCACUGAAGACAUUGGAAGAUGGUCGCGCAAUAUUAUGGAUUGAUCGAGGCUAGACACUAAUACUAUUGAAUGUCGGCUCAAUGAUCUGGAAGUUAAGCGUUCUCACACGAGACAGAAGGUCUUGGGUUCGGUUCUGGUGUGUGGGAUUGCGGAUGCACACUGUUGAAGAGUUGGAUAUUAGGACAAAAUAGCCAUCCAGUCCUUCCAAAUUCCCAAUGUUAAUCUAACUUAGAUCGGUUCAUAGUUUCAAUGAAAUUCAACAAUCUCCACAACCCCAUAAUGAAAAUAUAUAAAUAAUUAUUUUACUUAAAUUUUCUGUGAAUUUAAUGCAAGAGAGAUUUAACAUGAUAAUAUCUAACUCACAUGACAAUCAUAGUUUUCAAGUAUUAGUCAUAAUAAAC